AUGGCGGCGAGGAGCGCACGAGAAAUCCGCGGCCAGGCGACAGGCAGUGAUGACGAUGAUCUGGAUCUGACUUCUGCGGACUGCGAAAUGGUCCUGUCGAAGGAGGAGUUCGACAUGCUCCAGGCCUUUCACCGGUUUGUCCCGCUGCCAGCACUUUCCUCGCGCAUCCUUCGGGUCUAUUGCGAAGACGACCUGCAAGUUCCAGAGGCUUCGCACGAGGACACCGAGGAGGACGGAAGCGAUACCUGCAAGCCUCCGCCAUCGAAUCCAGGUCUGCAAAGUGACACCACUCAAAGCUCAAGGACCGGGAACAUUCUUCGACACCCCUGUCGACCGAGUAACCUGCGUAAGAAGCCGCACUACCAGAUCAACCUCACUUCUCAAACACCGCGUAUCCAGCAGCAGCAGCAGCCUCCUCCACCGUUAUCCAGAACACCUAGCUCAAGUCGCAGCUCGACCGAUUCCGAGCGGUCCGAGCAUCCAGAGAUGCAGGAUUAG